AUGGGUACUGGUAAGAAGGAAAAACAGAGAAGAAUCCGUCAGAAUGAUACCAGAGAUGGUAAUCUUCGUGUCAAAGGUGAGAAUUUCUACAGAGAUUCUAAGAGAGUUCAAUUCUUAAACAUGUAUACAAAUGGUAAGGAAAUCCGUAACAAGAAGGGUGACCUUAUCAGAGCCGCACCAUUGCAAAGUACCGAUAUUCCUAACGCCAGGGUGGCUCCUGAUCGUCGUUGGUUUGGGAACUCUAGAGUCAUUUCUCAAGAUGCCUUACAACAUUUUAGAACUGCUCUAGGUGACACCCAAAAGGACACAUACCAAGUCUUAUUAAGGAGAAAUAAGUUACCAAUGUCGUUAUUGGAAGAGAAAGAUACUACUGAGUCUCCACAGGCCAGAAUCUUAGAAACUGAAAGUUUUACACACACUUUUGGACCAAAGGCACAAAGGAAAAAGCCAAGAGUGGCAGCUUCCAGUUUGAAUGAUUUGGUUAAAUCUACUGAAGAAGAUACUCAAAAGUACGAAGAGAAGCUAGAACUGGACACCACUUUAGGUUUAAUGGGUAAUCAAGAAGAUGAAGAAAAUGGUUGGACCCAAGUGGCUAAGGAAGCUAUUUUCAGUAAAGGUCAAUCCAAACGUAUUUGGAAUGAAUUAUAUAAAGUUAUUGACUCUUCAGAUGUGGUGAUACAUGUGCUUGAUGCCAGAGAUCCAUUGGGAACACGUUGUAAAUCUGUCGAAGAAUAUAUGAAGAAGGAAACUCCUCACAAACAUUUGAUUUAUGUUUUGAACAAGUGUGAUUUGGUCCCAACAUGGGUUGCCGCUGCAUGGGUCAAACAUUUGUCCAAGGAACGUCCCACUUUGGCCUUCCAUGCCUCUAUUACGAAUUCUUUCGGUAAGGGUUCUUUAAUUCAAUUAUUACGUCAAUUUUCUCAAUUACAUACUGAUAGAAAGCAGAUCUCUGUUGGGUUCAUUGGAUACCCAAAUACAGGUAAAUCUUCCAUCAUUAACACUUUAAGAAAGAAGAAAGUCUGUCAAGUGGCUCCAAUUCCCGGUGAAACUAAGGUUUGGCAAUAUAUUACAUUGAUGAAGAGAAUUUUCCUUAUUGAUUGUCCAGGUAUCGUUCCACCUUCCACUAAGGAUAGUGAGGAAGAUAUCUUAUUCAGAGGUGUUGUUAGAGUGGAACAUGUUUCCAAUCCUGAACAAUAUAUCCCUGGUGUUCUCAGACGUUGUCAAGUGAAGCAUUUGGAAAGAACGUAUGAGAUAUCUGGUUGGAAGGACUCCACUGACUUCAUAGAAAUGCUGGCCAGAAAGACUGGUAGACUGCUGAAAGGUGGUGAACCUGAUGAAUCUGGUGUUUCCAAGCAAAUCUUGAAUGAUUUUAACAGAGGUAAAAUCCCAUGGUUUGUCAUUCCACCCGAAAAGGAAGCUAAGGAGGGAGAAGAAGACAAGAAGGAUGCUACUGAAGCUGCAGCUGCUCCAGUGGUCACUGAAACAUUGAAGAGGAAAGCUGAACCAGAAGAAGAAAAAAUCAUGGGAGAGACGGAAGCCAAGAAGACCAAGACUGCUUAA